AUGUUUGUCGCCGGCAAGAAGCGCAAGGCGGCGCCGGCAGCACCAGCAGCACCGGCAGCACCGGCAGCACCGGCAGCACCACAAUCCUCAGCCCCAGAGGCCGCUGCGGCGGCGGUCGGGCGCUGGCACGCGUCCGCAGCAGAAAGGCUGGGCGCGCGGCAGUACCGCGACGCGCUCGACUACCUCAACCGCGCGGUCGCGCUGGCGCACAAAGAGGGCAUCCGCGACGCGCGGCUGUUCGCGACGCGGUCGCUGGUGCUGCACAAGCUCGGCGAGGUUUCGCGAGCACAGGCCGACGCCUCGGCCGCGGUCCGGCUCGGCGCAGGCGCUGCGGAGCCGGCGGCCGAUGGCACUGCGGCGUGCGACUUUGUUGCGCGGCUGCCCGCCGAGCUGAGCAUCCUCGUGCUGCGGCUGCUCGACACGCGCGCGCUGUUCGCGUGCCGCGCCGUGUCGCCCCGCUGGCGCGCGCUUGUCGACUCGGCGCCGGUGCUGUGGAGCCGGCCGAGCUUUGCCGCCGCGCCCGACGCGGUCGCCGAGCUGGCGCAGCAGCUGCCCGCGUACGCCGCCAAGCUGCACCGCGGCCGGCGGCGGCCGGCGGCCGCACGCGUGCCGCCACGCGUCCUGCGCGGCAUCUUCGAGCGCUCGCGCGGCGCGCUGCAAGCACUGGUGGUCCCGGCGGGACCAGCGCUGGACGCACGCGCGUUGGACGCGCUGCUGGCGCACCGGCGGCCGCGGCUCGAGCGCGUCGACGUGGCGCGCGGCGCCGUGCUGAGCCGCGCCAGCGCCGCGCGGCUGCUCGCGUGGGGCCUUGCGGCCGGCUCCGGCGUGGCGGCCAUCCGCAUGCCGCACUGCGUGCAGCUCGACGACGCGCUCAUCGGCGCCAUCGCGCGGCGCGUGCCGCGGCUACGCGUGUUGGACAUCUCGGGCUGCGCCAACGUGCGCGUGCGGCAGCUGUUCCGCGCAUGGGGCGCCACGCUGGCCGACGCGCGCGACGCGACGGCGCUCGAGGAGCUGCGGCUCGACGACCACCCGGGAAUCCCCGAGUUUUUCGCGUACUCGGCGCGCCACCGCCACUUCAGCGCGCUGCGCGUGCUGCACGCGGCCAUCCGCGACCAGGCCGUGUACGCGCGCGUCGCCGGGCUCGGGCCGCUGCUCGACUACCUGCAGCGCACCGACGAUGCGCAGCCGGCGGAGCCCCCGUUCCCGCGCCUGCGCGAGCUCAACAUCGACGGCGUCUGGGACGCGGCCGCGCGCGCCAGCCGCUUCGAAAGCCGCCACACCGCCAGCCUGGUCGCGCGCUGCCGCCUGGUGCCGCCCGGCCUCGAGCGGCUGUCGGCGCUGGACGCCGCCGACGUCGCCGCCGCCCCGCUGCUGGCGUCGCUGCAGCGCUGCCUGCCGUCACUGCGCCUCCUGCACGUGACGCGCGCCGCCGGGCUGGACUCGCACGUGCUGCAGGCGCUCGCGGGCGCCGCGCAGCCGCCUGCCGUGCUGCGCCUGGCGUCGCUGGACCUGAGCGGCUGCGUGGCGGCGUCCGCGCAGGCGCUGCUGGCGCUGGUGACGCUGUGCCCUGGGCUGGUGCACGUGAAUCUGAGCCAGACGGCCGCCGACAACGCCGUGCUCGCGCGCCUGGCCGAGUUCGUCGACAUGCGCGACUCGUGCGGCCUGGAGGUCGUUGUGCUGGAGGCCACCGACAUCACGGGCGCCGCCGCACGCGACUUUGCCGCCGCCUGCGCCAGGCGGUGGAGGCGCCUGGGCCAUGGCGCCGGCAGCGGCAGCAGCAUUGACAGCGCCAGCAGCAGCGCGUGGCGCCUGCGCCUGCUGGACAUGGACAACUGCCCAGCCGUUGCCAGCGACGCCGUGGCCAUUGUGCGCGACCUGCUGGCCGCCAUGGCCACGCGCGUGCUGGCUGCCGUUGCGGGCUAG